AUGCAAGAGUUCGAGGCGGCGAAGGCGGCGAUUCUUGCGGUGCGGCCGAACGCGCGGGUGAUCGGGAACCGGGUGGACGCGUACCCGAUCACGGUGACGGUGACGUGCGGCGGCGUGGACGUGUGGCGCGGACGACAACAAGGGUUGUUCAGGAAGAAUGGACGACCGGCGAUGAAGGAGAUCGAGGAGGCGAUGCGGCGGCUGGGGUGA